AUGCAAUCUGGGAAAGAAGGCCGAAUUACAAAACCAAAAGCCAAAGGACCGCGAACUACAACCCGACGCGCCUCGAGCAAAAUCCUACUGGUAGAACAGACCAACGCACUGUCCAUUGGCGAAUUCAUCGCUCAAUACGUGACUACACCCACACAAACAAGAGAACCAGCCCAAAAUGAUGCGACGGAUCAACCCCAUCCAUCCCAAGUCCAGCCACGGCAAGAUACGGCCUGCAAACCACGCGUGGAUGUCUACUCCGCUGCAACAAUCUCCGCGGUUGAUCUGGAAGCAUGUUUGGACCUAAUCGAGCAAACCUCAAGCGAAGCAUACAUCGCGUCGAGCGUAGGCUGGUCGCGUAUCAAGAAGCGGAAAGAGAUGAAGUUGCCCGACAUGAAAUUCUUGAUUCUGCGGGACAUGCCGGAUGAUUCGAGUAAUUCUAGCGGGCAAGUUCCGGGAGGGAAACAAAGCGAGAUCGUCGACAACAAUGCUCCGUCUCCACUGAAGGAAAGCGAUGAGCCUGUUGCGUCAUCUGAUACAGGUUUUCGGAAUUUUCUCGGCUUUUUAUCAUUUAUGGUUACCUACGAGGACGGAAAGGAGGUUGUUUAUUGCUACGAGAUUCAUUUGUCGGCGGUGGCCCGGGGUCGGGGAGCUGGGAGAUUGCUUAUGGCUCAGAUGGAGGGAAUCGGCCGUGCUGUCGGAUUGGAGAAGUCUAUGUUGACGGUUUUCAAGUCGAAUGAGACUGCUCGGCGGUUCUAUGAGCGGCUUGGAUAUGAGGUUGAUGAGUACUCGCCCCAACCGCGCAAGUUGCGAAAUGGGACUAUUAAGGAUGUGGAUUAUUUAAUCUUAUCGAAGAGGUUAAAAUUAUAA